AUGAGAGGAGUUAAUACGCAAACGGUGCCGUUUAAUCUUCAACCGCCCGGCCUCUGUUUUUACCCUUUUUUACGUCUUCUUCUUCCCACCUCCUCUGUCAAUAACCAAACAAGCAAAAUGGAGUUAGAAGGCGAUGAUGGCUCGACGUUUGAACUGAAAGGCGACAGUUCCGAGGCGGUGUUUGGAAGAGGCUCAGGGUUUAACACCAAAGACAGAACCGUCUCUCGCCGUCACAUCUUAUUUCAGCUCGACAAAACUGAAAAUCAUACAGAACCUAGGGUUUCAUUUCAAGUUAUUGGCAUGAACCCACUCUGGAUGCGAAGCGGAAGCGGAAGCGGAAGAGAUAUUAAGGUUUUCAGGAAGCUCGAGAGGGGUGAAAUGGCAGCCGGCGACUGGUUUUGCAUUUCAGGUCAAAGUCCUGUUUGGUUCAGUCUGAAGAGAAGUGAAGUUGGAGAAGAAACGGAUUUGGGGAGUGUGAAUGGAAGCGAUAGAUUGGAUGAGAAUUGGGAUAAUAUUGACCUUUCACAAAUUGACCUUGUUAAAGAGUUUGGAUUUCUGGUAAUUGGGCACGAGUUCGACUGCUACCCCAAGCAAAGAAUCCGUGAUGUGAAGAACUGGGAUUGGUUCCUCAAUGAACCUGAGGAAGAUAGUGAGGAUGGUGGGAGUUUUAAGAGUAAUAGAAUGCAGAGAAAAGGAAAUGGGAGGAGAAAGAGGAAGAAAGGUGGAGGCAAUGACGAGGAUGAUGAUGAUUGGAGUGGUGAGAGUGAAGAGGAUAAGCAGAUUGUAGAGAAAAUAAGAAAGGUUGAGAGAUCAAAACGUUCAACAAGAUCGAAGGAAAAAAGGAAUCCCCAUGAAGAUACAGAAAUAAAGAAAGGUUCUUUGCAGAGGAACACUGUGUCUUCCAAUGGGGAGGACCCAGAAGAAGGAGAUGAGGAUGAAGAUGAUGAUGAGGAUGCUACACUUGGAGGCUUUAUUGUGAAUGAUGACGAUGCUGAGGAGGAACAAGGAGGAGAAAGCUAUGAAGAAGAGGAAGAAUUCAUUGAUGACGAAGAUGAGGACAAGCUGGAUGAUUGAAUUUUGAUAGACUGAACAGAUAAUUCUGCUGAUAUUGUUCAUAAAUGCUAGUUUGCUGCAUAUCCUUUUCUUUUUGUACACUAUAUUCUGCUGUAAUGUUUUCUGAGUCUAGUUUGCUGUAAUGUCUAAAAUAGAAAUCAAUUGCUGGAUAAAAGCUUUCUCACA